AUGGAAUCGCCUAGCGCGGCGCCGCCAAAUGGCAUCGUGCUCUUUACGUAUCCGCUGUCCGCUUUUGGGAGACGGGUUACAUAUUAUCUGCAGCUGAGGGGCAUUGCGUACGCUUACUGCGAACAACCCUUCAUGCUGCCGCGACCUGAUAUGGCGAAGCUGGGGGUGAAGUAUCGCAAGGUGCCGAUUCUCGCUAUUGGGCGCGACAUCUACGUCGACUCGAGGCUCAUUCUGCGGACGCUGGAAGAGAAGUUUCCGGAGGGCAAAUUGGGGAGUGACAAGCCGGAGGAGAAGUUCAUUGAGAAACUGCUGGAGAAGUAUAUGAUCGAGGCGCCGCCAGUGCUCGGGUCGAUGGUUGGACUGGUGCCUCCGCACUUGCUCGAUGUCCCCGGGUUUGCGGAGGAUAGAGUGGGCCUCUGCGAUACUGAAUGGACGCAGGAAGCAAUCAUCAAGGGACAACCGGAGUGCUUGGUAUACAUGAGGCGUCUGUUCGAUUUCUUCGAAACGACGAUCUUGGCCGACGGAAGGAAUUGGGUACUCAACACUGAUAAGCUAUCCCUGGCAGACAUCGAAGCAAGCUGGCCGCUUGACUGGCUCAUCGACUUGAAGGCCCCCAUGCCUCCUCACAUCGUGUCUGAGAAGCAGUUUCCGAAAGUGUACGCCUGGAUCUCGCGGUUUCGGGCCGCUCUCGACGAAGCGCAGGCUUCUUCGGCGCCCAAGGUGGUAACGUUGCACGGAGACGCGGCGACCGAUUUCAUCCUCCAGUCCGAUUUCACUCAAUCUGGAGGCACUGUGGACGGAGGCGACCCCUUGGGCCUAAAAGCGGGCACGGAGGUGGAAGUGUAUCCUUCGGACUGGGCGUCUGCCCAUCGAGACUCGGGUCGACUGAUUGCACUGGCGCCAGAUGAGGUGACCAUCGCGGCUCAGAGCGGAGGAGGAGGCCAGGAGGUGCAUAUACAUGCACCACGUACCGGCUUCAAGGUCACGGAGAUUGCGGGCAGCAGUACUAGGGUGUAA